CCUGGCCAACACUUCUCCACACUUCUUCUCCUCCUUCUGUCUCUUCACAUCUACAACAAUGGCAGCGGCUUCAGUAGCUUCAAGAGUCGAGAGCUUGGCAAGCAGUGGGAUCCAAUCCAUCCCCAAAGAAUACAUCAGGCCGAAAGAAGAGCUUACGAGCAUUGGUGACGUGUUUGAUGAAGCGAAGAAAGAAGAAGGGCCUCAGCUCCCCACCAUUGAUUUGAAAGGCAUGAUGGAUUCGGAGGACAAGGCGGUUCGGGACGAAUGCAGGGCACAACUUAUCAAUGCGGCUAAAGAGUGGGGGGUUAUGCACCUGAUCAACCAUGGGAUUCCUGAUGAUCUGAUGGAGUCUGUCAAGAAAGCCGGUGAGGGUUUCUUCGAACUUCCGAUAGAGGAGAAGGAGAAGUAUGCAAAUGAUCAAGCUUCGGGAAAGAUUCAAGGGUAUGGAAGCAAGCUUGCUAACAAUGCUAGUGGGCAGCUUGAAUGGGAGGACUACUUCUUCCACCUUGUCUUCCCUGAGGACAAAAGGGACCUCUCCAUCUGGCCCAAGAACCCCACUGACUACAUUGAGGCGACUAGUGAAUAUGCAAGGCAGCUGAGAGUGCUAACGACCAAAAUCCUGUCAGUUCUAUCACUUGGCUUGGGAUUAGAAGAAGGGAGGCUAGAGAAAGAAGUUGGAGGGAUGGAAGAGCUGCUGCUUCAAAUGAAGAUCAACUACUACCCGAAGUGCCCUCAGCCGGAACUGGCCCUAGGCGUCGAAGCCCACACCGACGUAAGCGCCCUAACUUUCAUCCUCCACAACAUGGUCCCUGGCCUGCAACUCUUCUACCAGGACAAAUGGGUGACUGCGAAAUGCGUCCCAAACUCCAUCAUCAUGCACGUUGGGGAUACUGUUGAGAUCCUGAGCAAUGGCAAGUACAAGAGCAUUCUCCACAGGGGACUUGUGAACAAGGAGAAGGUCAGGAUCUCGUGGGCGGUCUUCUGCGAGCCGCCCAAGGAGAAGAUCAUACUCCAGCCAUUGCCCGAGGUGGUUUCGGAGAAAGACCCGGCUCUGUUUCCUCCUCGCACUUUCGCUCAGCAUAUUGAGCACAAGCUGUUCAGGAAGAGCCAGGAAGGUAAAAAAGAAGAAAAGGAUGCUCUUGUUGCCAAAUGAAGACCAUUCCUCUCCAUCAUCACUACACUUGGUACGGUUUUUCCUUUCUGCUAUGAAUUUCCCUCCCAAGUUUGUCGACUAUUGUGCUGUGUUGUAUAAUGGAAGGUCAGGAUACCAUCCAUUUUAUGUUUUUCUCCAUUGAAAUCUUUUUGUUCUUUUGGCAUUUGGUUUUGUUCAAUAAGAAGAUACUCGUCAC